AUGGGUUGUUGUCUAAGUAAUCAUAAUUAACAUGAUGCUAUUAUAUAAAAUAUUAUAGAAUAAACAGUUUUUGAAUAGCAAUAGAUACAAAUAGAAGAAGGACAAUAAUAAGAAAGAAUUAGAACAACUUUAAAUUCAGAUUAAGAAUUUAUAAAUAGUGAUGAUUCAAAGAAAUAAUAAAAUAUAACAAUAGAACAUCAUGUAAAGAGAUCAAGCCAUCAUAAAAGAGAUUUUGAGAAGAAAGAUGAAAGAGAUUAUAUGUUAAAAGUAGAGUAUAAUGUUAAAAUAAAAUAAUUUAUAGUAGAAUUGAAAAAAGUGGAUACAUCAUCAUUUUACAAAAUAUAAAUAUCAGCUUCUUAUUUAGAUUAUGAAAUUAUGGUAGAUUUAAAAGGAAUUUAAGUAAAUGAUAAUCAUUAACACUUAUAAAUAUAUCCAUUUACAUAUAAAGAAGCAGCCAGACAUGCAAGAUAUAAUUGCUUUUUUUCAAAUGAUAAAUAUUUUAACAUAGAAGAAAAUGAUUUCAAAAAACAACAUUUUUUUUAAUAAUUAUUAUUAGUAUAAAGAUAAGUACUAAAGAGUCAUUAAAAAUCAACAUCAUCUUAAGAAAAGAGAGUAGUUAAUAGAAGAUGGGCAAUGAUUGCAGAUUUAGCAACUAUCUUAAUUAAAUAACCAAAUUUAUAAAUAAGAUCUAAACCAGAAGUAAAUUAUGAUGUUGUAAAUGAAUUAAUGGAGGUUAUACAGGUUUUUGAUAUUGAAGCUAAUCCUAGAUUUUUAAAUGUCAUAUUUUAAUUAAUGCUUCAAACAUAUUUUCCUCAUUUAAGAGAGUAUUUAGUAUUUAUUGAAGAAAUUUAUUUUCUAUUUCAUGAUCUUCCAAAUUUAGAUUGUCCAUAAUAUUAUAAAAUUCUAUUAUUUUACUAAGGAAUGAACUAUUCUUUAAAAGAUUUGCAUACACAUCUAGAUUUUGAACAACUUUAAUUAUCUGAACUUUGUCUUUUAAAAUUGUCACAUUGUCUUUUAAACAUAUUAUAUGCUUGUUAUUCUAAAUAUUUAUAUAGAUUAAAUUUUACAUUAAGUAAUAUAUACUAUUUUAGAAGAUUGAAAUUAUUUAAAUUAUAAUCAUUUUAAAGAAUACGUUCACUUAUUCCAUUUUAAGCAAAUGUAGAAUCAUCAAUUAAUUGUAUUAGUGAAGCAAAAAUGUAAACGUUUAAAAAGUCUUAUUUGAAAGAUUAUUUAGCUAUUUGUGAUAUUAUUAUAUUGUUUAAGAAUCCAAGAGGAUAUAAUUAACUAAUUAUUAGUAAAUUAAGAAAGAAGAAACCUAAAUCAGAGAUAGAUGUUAAAUUUAAGGAUUAUUUACUCUAUGCAGAUUCUAUUUUUGAUGAAGUUUAAGAUAGAAUUAUACUGGAUUUCAUUAAAUUAGGAUUAAAUAGAACAUUUUAAGGAUCUGAUUUUAAUUUCCAAUAGUAAAAUUUAUAAUUAUAUUUUUAUUAGAGCUUUAGAAGAAUUGAAAAGCCAUAUUAUUUAAAUAGAAUGUCUUAUAUAAAGUAUUGAAUAAUUAUAAAGGUUGAGAAAAAAAGAAGAAUAUAUUAAUAAACAUUAAAAAAAUAAUAAUGAAUAUUUGGAUGUGAUUGAUUAAUCUUAAAAAAGUGAUGAAGAAGAUAAUGAUAACAUAUUAAAAAAUUUUGAUUUGGAAUUAGACAUCGAAAACUUAACUAUUAAAUAACUUGAAAAUAAAGAAAAUAAUGAUAACAAAGUUAGAGAACAAUUAAAAAAUGAAAUGAAUUAUUCAUCUUUAUUAAUGAAUAAAAAUUUCUUGAAAAAUUGUUAAAACUUUAUAAAAUAAGAAGAAAAAUAUUCAAUAGAUAAAGUUUAAGCUCUUAUAUAUCUAGCUUAGGCUAGGGCAUAAGAAGUUUUGGAUGAAAAAGCUCGGAAAUAAUAAUAUUAAAAUGACUUAGAGUUACCAAUUUAAUUAGUGUAAAAGAAUGAAGAUAAAUCAACAUUAACUUCUAAUUUUUUAGUUUUAAUUUAAUUGGUAUAAUAUAGUUCUAGAAAACCAUAAAUAGUAUUACUUAGACUAUUAUAAAUAAGUUAAAUAUAAUAAUAAAAGAAAUUUCUGAUGCGUCGAAAGAUUAAAAAAGCCAUACAUUAACAUAAUGGAUUAAUUGAGAUGAGAAAACAUGUAAUAAUUCAAUUAGCAAAUGUAGAACAUUGUUUAGCUAAUUCAAGAUUAAAUGAGGCUAAUUCUAUGAUUUUCUCUAUUAUUGAUAUUCAAAUGAAAAGAAAUCUACUUUCUACAUUACUUUUUGGAUAUUCAUUAUAUAUUUAUGGAAUUAUAUGCCAAGAAACAAUUUAAAUUUAAUCAGCAAUGAUAACAUUUUAAAUGAGUAAAACUAUUUAUGAUAAUUAUUUUCCUAUGGAAAAAUGGAAAGAUAUUAAAGAAAAUCUGGAAGAAGAAGCAGUAGUUAAAAAAAAUACUAAAGAUAUUAAACGAAAAGAGGAAACUGAAAUACCAAAGAAAAUUCUGAUAAAUUUUCAUAAUAUGGCUACUUAUAAUCUAUCAAAAUUAGCUUAUAAUUUAGGUGUUGUAUUUUGUUAAUUAAACGAUCCAGAAAAUGCAUUAAGAGCACUUUAAAAAGCAAUUGAAUAUAGAAAGUUGUUGCAUGAUGAAUUUUCUGAUGAAGUAAUUGAAAUAGUUUUAAUGAUUUUUAAAAUAUAUAUUGAAAAUGAAGAAUCUUGUUAGGUUUUAAAAUUAGGUUGGUUUUAUGCAAGAAAAAUUAAUCAGCUUUAUAGAGAUAAUAAAUUAUAAUGUCUACAUAAUAAAAACUUUGCUUAAUUAGAAUUUUUAUUGGCUGGAAUAUUUUAAAGUUGUAAUGCCUAUUUUAGUGCUUUAAGAUUUUAUUCAAGAGCUAGUAAAGCAUACACAAUUUCUAAGACUUAAACAUUUAAUAGAAUGUAUUUUGUUUAAUAGUAAAGAAAAUUGAUUAUGACAUAAAUAAAAGAUUAUCAUUUACAUAAUGAUAGAUUGUAAUCUUAAGAAUUUUAUUAUUAAACUAGAGUAAGAAGUAUCUAUGAUAAAAUGAAACCAUUUUUUUAAUAAGUUUACUUUGUGGCUUCAAUUAUAUUUAUGGAUAAUUCAUUAAAUUAAAAUACUGGAACUAAAUUAUUACAUUCAAAUGGUUUUAUGAAGAAUAAUGAUCAUUAAUUAGCAUGGUAAAGAUAUUAAGAGAUUCAUAAAUAAUAUUAAUAAAUAUAAAAAGAUGAAUGUUAUGGUCAUAAUAUAGAAAAAAUCGGUGAAAUAUUUUUAGAGUAAGGUCAAUUUGAUAAGGCUAAAAUACAGUUUGAGUUUGCUAUUGGUAUUUAUGAAAAAUAUUUGUUUUUCCCUUAUAAAGAAUAUUGUUAAAUUCGUUGCCAUUUAUAUAUAAUUUGUAUUUUAGCAAUUUAAAAGUAAUCAGAAGAUUUAAUUAAAUAAUUUAAUUUAGUAGAAACAUUUAUAUUGGAUUGUUAAUAAUUUAUGAAAUGGAGUAUUAUUUCUGAAUAAAGAAAAUAUAAUAAAUUUUAAUUGUUAUCUAAAAAAGCAGGAGUAAAGAUCCUUUAUCAAUUAGUAGAACUUAUGGAUUUAAUAGAUAAAUUUAGAAAUAUUAGAAAAAGAUGGUUUAAAAAAAUUUAAGAUUUGGAUUAUAUUCAUUAGAGAGGAUUAAAGAUGAAGAAAAGAAUGAAAUUACAUCGAUCAGAAAAUAAAUUAUUGGCUGAAUUUAGAAAAUCAUGUUUACUUGGUAAUCAUGUAUCAAUACGUAUACGAAAAUACGAGGAUUAGACAAAAGUAUCAUAACAAGAUUUAUAAAUUUAAUAAGAGAAGAGAUUACAAGAAAUUUUAAAGGUAUAAUAAAACAUAAAAAAUGAAGAUUAAAGAGUGGUUGAUUAAUCUAUUCUUCAAUAACAAUAAUAAUAAGAAAUAUAAUAGCUAGAAUCGAAAUAAACUAUUAAAGCAAAGAAGUCAAAAUUCUUUAUUUUGGAUAUUGAUGAGAAUACAAUAUCUAAAAAGAACAAGAAGAAGUCAAGAGCAAAUGAAGAAGUUUAAAAAAUAGAGACAUCUCAAUAAACCUCUAUUAAAAAUUUAGAUUUGAUAUCAAGUACUUUAGAAUCUUAAAAAACUCAACCUCCUCCAAAUGAUAAAGUAUAAUAAUUUUAGAAAUCAAAAAGUUAAUAAAAAGCAACAAUAGUUCAGAAAUAAUAAGAUAAAAGUAGCAUAAGUUAAAGAAGUACUUCAUAAUAAAAUCAGAGAUUAAAUCCAUUUUAGAAAGUGAGUAAAAAAUAGAUUUGA